AUGUAUAAUUUCAAUAAAAUUUUAAGAUGUGUAAAAUAUCCAGUCUUUCAUGGAAGAUUCUAUUCCGUUAACCAGAUUCCCAGCCUUCUAGAGAAUACUAUUGGAGAAUUAAAUAAUGACCAGAUAAUAUACUCAUUUGACACACUAAGCAGGAGUAAAAUCACUGAUUGGAACCUUUGGGAUCGCCUGUGUGACAAGAUUCGGUUCAAUUUGGACUCCUUGGAGGUGUCCGAUCUCUUGAAGAUCACUCACUCUCUCGCUAAAGUUUCAUACAAAAAGCUUUCGCUUUUAAAUGUAAUUAAUCGCAUAGUACUGAGGAAGUAUAAGUCAAUAGAUACCAGGAGCUUAACGCAGUACUUGAUAGACCUAAAUAAGCUCGAUGUUCUGAAAACGAACAUUUUCAUCCCUCUGGUCACACUUAAGAUUAAUGAGGAGCUUUCAUUUUUUUCAACCUUUGACCUGUGCUUUAUACUUCAUUUGUGCUCAAAGCUGCAGUAUAGGGACGAAUCCAUAAUCGAUAGAAUCUCUACAAAAUUGCUUACCAAUGAAUCUAACUAUCAUGAAUUAUGUUCGGAUAAGGCUUUGUUGGCCAUGGUUCUGAGAUCGUUAUGCUUUUUGCAGAAUAAAAACGCCAUGUACCAUACUUUGCUCUAUCAGAAGAUACCUCCUCGUAUUUACACCUUUGGCUCUCAGGAGCUGUGUAACAUAUUGCUGUCCAUUGUAGUUUCUAACAUUGAUGAGAAAAUUAAUGGGCAAUUGGGAGACAUAGUGUGUGCAAUUAUUGAUAGGAUCUCUGAGAAGCUGUCGCUACUCGUGGAUAUUGAGGUGAACCAGAUUGGAAUAUGCUUACACUUUUUGAAGUAUAACAUGGAUCCAUUUCCGAGUAAAUAUGAAACACUGUUGGACUCCAUCAUCAAAUUAAACAUGAAGUAUGCUCCAAACACUUCGAAAAUGCAGUUGAAACUGUCCAAACUGUUGGAUGAAAUUAAGCUCAAAUAUAAGUCCGAGUAUCAACUGGGCCCAUAUAGAUUGGACUACGUCGUUCCAAAAUUAAAUGUUGCCAUCGAGGUCAAUGGGUACACACACUUCUUCCACAACUCAAGAGAGCUGAACGCUUUAACACAGUUGAAAUAUAAGAUUCUCAAAGAUAUGGGAUGGAACGUGGUGGGAGUAAACUAUUACAACUGGAAGAACAGAAACAAACAGGAUAGAUUGGAAUACCUUAUAAAGGAACUUUCACCGUAUAUUAACAAAUAG